AUGGAAAAGGAACUUGUUGUAGAAUCCUACAUCGGGUUCAAUGGAAAUGUAUCGAACAAUCUUAUUUUAAUAAGACAAGAAAAAAAAUUGGAUAAGAAAAUCUACAGAGAAAAAUUAAGACUAAUAGAAGAAGAAGAAAUUAUAGAAAAUGAAAAAAAAAAAAAAUUAAAAAGUAUUUACAAUUUAAAAAAUAUAGACAUCAAUCAUAAUUAUUAUGAAUUAAAAAAAGAAGAAUUGCAAUACGACUUCUUUAUGAUUUAUGCAAUUGGAACUAACAUUAUAAAAGAGGAUGUCGUGAAUAAUAAAAGAACCAUUUUCAAAAGUGACAAAAAUAAAAUAAGUAAGUUAUAUGUAGAUAAUGGGAAGAAAUAUAUUUGCUGUUGUAAGGAGAGUAAAUUAAUGUCUAACAUUUAUAUAUAUGAUUUUAACAAUAAAAAGGAUACUAUUCAAUUGGAAUUACACAAAUUUAAGACUAUAGAUGUAUCCAUAAGUAAUGAUGGGAAAUACUUACUUUCCUCUGGUGGUGAAGAUGACAAAACUUUAAUUUUAACUCAAAUAGAAAACCAAAAAUUUAUCUACAAAUCUUCUUCCGAUUAUUCCUAUUCAAACGUUUCUUUUUUUCACAAGUCAAAUAAUUUUAUAAUAGCCAAACUUAAUAGCAUCAAAAUAUGCUACUAUGACUUCACAAAAAAGCUGAUGAGUGAAGAGGAAGUGAAUACUUCUAUUUACAAGAGACAAUUCGUGUGUCUAGAAUUGAAGGAAAAUGAUGAAUACGCCUAUCUUGGGACAACUACAGGCGAUGUUCUAGUGGUAAACAUAAAAUCCAAGGUACUCGAGAAAAUAAUUCCCGAGGGUUAUCUCUUCAGCAACGGGAUAAAUGUGGUCAAAAUUCUCAAGGACAACACAAUUUUGACUGGAAGCGGAGACGGCUACGUGAGUGUAAUAGACGUUGCAGAAAAGAAAGUUGUGAGAAAAACAAAAUUGUAUGGGUCUAUCAACUCAAUAGAAAUGAGAAAUGAUUCUACCCUAUUCAUCAGUGUUUACGAGAAUGUAAUUUAUGUGAUGGAUAUGAUCAAUUACACAUAUAAUGUGCUAAUGCUAGUUCAAAAUAAUUAUAUUCGUGAUUUAUGUUUCCCACUUAACUAUAACUAUGUGAUGUAUACUUGUAGCCAGAAUAACAUAAUGGCAUGGCAUUUUUAUGAAAAAAGAGCCAUAUUUUUAAAAAAUAUAAACAAGGGAAAAUUCAUAUAUUAUGAUAAGAAAUUUUUAAGUAUACCAAUGAAUAACAAAAAAAAAUUGUGCAAAAUAGAUAGGACACGUGAAGAACAAAUUGCUAACGUGCUGGAUAAGAAAAACAACAACCAAGAAACAUUUGAUAAAAUAAACAAAAAUUUAACUUGUCAUAGCUUAAAAAUAACAACGGAUGGAAAAUAUGUUGCCUUAGCUGUGCAUAAUAACAUUUAUCUAUUGACAUCAAAAUAUAUGAAAAUAGUCACAGUUAUUUUGAGCUCUCAUUAUGAUUAUUGUAAUGUCUUAAUCUUCCACAACAAUUAUGAUUUAAUAACGGGUGGAAAUAAGGGAGAUAUCAAGUUUUGGAAAUUUCAAAAUAACAAAUAUAUCAACCUCAACACUAUUAACUAUCAUUCCUCUGGAAUUAAUCAGAUUAUCAUCUACCAGGGAAAAAAUCUUUGCAGUUGCAGUGAAGACGGGCUCAUAACAAUUUACAACAUUGAAGAAUGCACACUUGCAAAAAAAAUAAUAGAUACCAAUUAUACAAGAUACAAACAAAUUUGCCUGAAUCAAAAAUACGAUAUCUUGUUAUGUUCAGGAAAUAACAACAUUUUUAUGUAUUAUGAUUUGAUAAAAAAUGAGAUCAGUAAGCACUUUUAUUAUUCCCCUUUCCACAAUGUUCUUUCGAUAGACAUGGAUAAUAAUGGAAAAUAUUUCAUAACAGGAUCCGAUGACUGCAAAUUACGGCUCUACGAAUUCAAAACUUGCACUUGUCUUUUCAUCGGAGAUGCCCACAAUGAUGCCAUAAACAAAUGUCUCUUCACUUUUGAUAAUCAUUUUAUCGUAUCCGUUUCGAAGGACGAAAGUAUAAUUUACUGGAAAUUUCCAACUGAAAUAAAACACGAUUCGUCAAAUGAACUAGAUGAGUAG